UCUGCCGAAAUGGCGCAUGGCCAUAGGGUUAACACAGUGUCACUGGCCUUAGUCCUAGCCACUGUGCUUGGAUCCCUCUGCCUUGGCAUCACUGCCUCACCAGAAGCGCAGAAAAGGUACAAUUUUCGGUUCGUCAGGCACGCGCGGGACGCUCCGCUGGUGUCCCACUACAACUACAUCGUCGUCGGCGGCGGCACGGCCGGGUGCCCGCUGGCCGCCACGCUCUCGGAGCACUCGCGGGUGCUCCUCCUCGAGCGCGGCGGCCUCCCCUACGGGAACCGCAACGUGUCCAGCGAGUACCACUUCGCUGACGCGCUGGCCGACACGUCCCCGAGGUCCCCGGCGCAGCGGUUCGUCUCCGAGGACGGCGUCGUGAACGCCCGGGCGCGUGUGCUCGGCGGCGGCAGCUGCCUCAACGCCGGCUUCUACACCCGCGCCAGCGACGGCUACGUCCGUGCCGCGGGCUGGGACCCCCGCCUCGUCAACGCGUCGUACCGGUGGGUGGAGCGCGAGCUGGUGUUCCGCCCCGACGUGCCGCACUGGCAGUGCGCGCUGCGCGAGGGCCUCCUCCAGGCCGGGGUCACGCCGGACAACGGCUAUACGCUCGAGCACGUCUCCGGCACCAAGAUCGGCGGCACCAUCUUCGACAGAACCGGUCGCCGCCACACCGCUGCCGACUUCGUCCGGCGAGCCCACCCGAGGCGGCUCACCGUGUUCCUGCACGCCACCGUGUCGCGAAUCCUCUUCCGACGCAGCGAGGGGGCGGCGAAGCCGGUGGCGUACGGCGUUGUGUUCACCGACCCGGCGGGCGUGCGACAUCGCGUGUACCUGCGGAGCGGCGCGAAGAGCGAGGUAAUCCUGACGGCUGGGACGCUGGGGAGCCCGCAGCUGCUGAUGCUGAGCGGCGUCGGGCCGCGCGGGCAGCUGGAGAAGCACGGCAUCCUCCCCGUGAUGGACCAGCCGAUGGUCGGGCAGGGCGUGGCGGACAACCCCAUGAACUCGGUGUUCGUCCCGUCCCCGGUUCCCGUCGCGCUCUCCCUCGUCCAGAUCGUCGGCGUCACCCGCUUCGGCACCUUCAUCGAGGGCGUCAGCGGCUCGCAGUUCGGCAUCCCGCUCCACGGCCGCGGCGCCGCCCGCCGCGCCCGCAGCUUCGGCAUGUUCUCCCCCAUGACAGGGCAGCUCGGGACGGUGCCGCCAAUGGAGAGGACGCCGGAGGCGAUGCGGCGGGCAGCGGAGGCGAUGCGACGGCUGGACAAGCGGGCGUUCCGUGGCGGGUUCAUCCUGGAGAAGAUCCUGGGUCCCUUGUCGACGGGGCACAUCGAGCUGCGGUCGACUGACCCCGACGCGAACCCGGCCGUGACGUUCAACUACUUCCGGGACCCGCGGGACUUGGAGCGGUGCGUGCGCGGCAUCCAGACGAUCGAACGGGUGGUGCGGUCGCGUGCCUUCGCGCGGUUCACCUACGCGAACGGCAGCGCCAUGGAGGCCGCCGUGCUCAGCCGCGCGGGGCUGUCGGCGGCCAACCUCCCCGUCAACCUGCUGCCUCGCGGCGCCAGCGACACGCGGCCGCUGCAGCAGUACUGCAGGGAGACGGUGAUGACCAUCUGGCACUACCACGGCGGGUGCCACGUCGGCGCCGUCGUGGACCAGGACUACCGGGCGCUCGGCGUCCGGGGCCUCCGCGUCAUCGACAGCUCCACCUUCAAGUACUCGCCCGGCACCAACCCGCAGGCCACCGUCAUGAUGCUCGGCAGGUAUAUGGGGCUGAAGAUUCAGAAGGAGAGGUGGACGAGGAACGACGAGACACAUUAGUUUGGUCUUCGUGUUGUUGGCCAUGAAGAGACUGUAUGAAGAGACUGUCUGAGAUGUUUGUUUGUUUGUUUGUUUGUUUGUUUGUUAAGAGUGAUAAUAGUCUGAUUGUGGACUAGGGUUUAGUAUUGAAUGUUUUCAGCGUUGUUAGGUAUAGGUGGCACUGUUUGGAUUUGACCACACACACAUCCAUUUGGUAUUUGGGUGGAUAAGUGUUCGAAGGUUUGCACCGAGCAUUUCAAUUGAUCGGGUUUUCAUGACAGACUCCUCACUUACGAAAGAGAUGGAAGCGGCGAAAAUGACCAUUAAAAUUCCCAAUCGACAGAGCAUUGUUCUGUUUACC